AUGAAGGCCUUUAGAAGAUCCCUAAAGGGGGAGAAAGAUCACAAACAUUCUAUCUCUAUUACACCUAAAUCUGCUAUUGCGAUUUUACCCCCUAAAAAAAAAAGAGAGAUGUUUCCCUUGAGUUUGGAGAAUAUUCGCCUCUUUAACCCCUCCCUGUCCCACUCCCAACUCUCACUCUUGGCGGUGGCUGACCGCAUUUCAGCUCUCUACGACUAUCAACCAGAGGGGAACACGCAGGAAUUGGCAUUCAGCAAGGGAGAUUUCUUUCACGUCAUCAGCAGGGAGGACGAUUCGGAUUGGUACGAAGCGUGCAAUCCGCUGAUCCCUAGUGCUAGGGGGCUUGUGCCCGUCUCCUUUUUUGAGGUUAUCGGCAAAAACGAGAGGGAUAGUGGGGGUUCCGGCGAGUCCAAGGACCUCGAUUCAGGAUUCUCCGACCGCGGUCUUUCCCACCCAGAUUCUUCCAUCACCAAGAACGGCGUAUUCAGAAUGUCUGCACUCAAGGGUCAAGGCGCUAUGGUCUACGGAAUUGUCCAGUAUGAUUUUCAGGCCGAACGACCCGAUGAAUUGGACGCGAAGGCCGGUGAGGCCAUUAUUGUCAUCGCCCAAUCUAACCCGGAGUGGUUUGUCGCCAAACCCAUCGGUCGUCUCGGCGGACCAGGCCUGAUUCCCGUUUCUUUUAUCGAAUUGCGUGAUAUGCAGAGUGGACAGGCUGUGGCCGACCCGCUUGACGCGGUGCGACGCGCUGGUGUUCCCAAGGUUGAGGAGUGGAAAAAAAUGACGGCCGAAUACAAGAACAGCAGUAUCACACUGGGCAAAAUCGAGGGUGGUCACGGCGGCAACAGUGCCAACAUGAUGACUGUCAACUCGGGUAUGGAAAAGAUGUCCAUGGGCCAUCAGAGUCAAAUGAGUCAAAAUGGCAAUGUUUAUGAGCACCAACGUAACGCCAGCAAGGGAACUUUGUCGCAAGUACCCAUGUCGCAACAACAGAGCCAUCAACUUCUCGUCCCCGUUUCCGCCUAUAUUCCACGCUACUGUUUCGAUAACGACAAGUAUUGGUACAUCAUCGAAGCGAAGAUGGAAGACGGUCGCUGCUGGGAGUUGUCACGUUAUUACCACGAUUUUUACGACUUCCAGAUCGCCCUUCUGACCCAAUUCGAAGACGAAGCUGGUAGCCGUGGCCGUGGACGAACCCUCCCUUUCAUGCCAGGUCCCGUCACACACGUCACGGAUGCGAUUUCCAACGGUCGACGACAGAACCUGGACGAAUAUAUCAAGAAGCUUCUAUCGAUGCCCCCGCAUAUUUCACGUUGUCAACUCGUGUGCGAACUCUUCUCGCCCCGUGAAGGAGACUUCGAAAUCGACCCCAAUGCAUUCGGUGAGGACGCCCGGUUCUCGGGUGGAUCUCAGCACUCUGCCGGUGGGGAUCCCCAACAAAGUGUGUCGCGUCAGUCUUCGCAGCAGCAGAUCAAUGUGUCCAACGACCGGGCAUCCCAGCAGCGUGCCCCAGCACCCACACCCUACGUCAACGGCGGCCCACCCCCCAUGAACCGCCAACCCAGCUCCAUUACCCAAGCCUCUGGUGCAUCGGCCAACAGCGCGAUGAAGGUCAAGGUGUUCUUCCAGGAUGACCUGAUUGCGAUCCGUAUCCCAUCUGGCGUGAGCAUGCAGCACCUCCAGGACAAGCUAUGUGACCGAUUGAAGAUCCAGGACGACAUCAUUGUGCAAUACCGUGAUGAAUCCUCCGGCUCCUAUAUCGAUCUCCAUACCGAUCAGGAUCUGGAGAAUGCCAUGCAGCGGAACACAAAGCUAACUCUCUUCGUCAGCAUCGCAUAA